AUAGGAGAUUUGUGAGUGAGAUAGUUUAGCGCAUGCGCGUGGCGCCGACGAAUAACGACCGGUCGUCGGCUGGGAUGGACGUCGAGGUGGGGGCUGGCGUCAGGUCUCGCUCCGUCGUCGGUCGUCGCUAGUGUCGAUUUCGCUGCCAACCGGUCGCCGCAGCCGCCGCCGGUCGUCAGUAGUGACGGUCUUCAUAACCGACUCCGACUCGUCUCAUGUUGACUCGUUUUCAUCCCAUAUUCCGACUGGACGUGCUCGCUCCCAGACAGGGCGGAUGAGCACCCACCUCAACGUUGUCCAAACAAAUGGUUACAAUAUGCCGAUUCAGGCCGUGCGCAAAUACAGGAAAGACACCUCCGAAGUCAGCUGCUGUCUCAAAUAUGUGAUUUUCGGUUUUAACGUCCUCUUCUGGAUGCUGGGCCUCUGCAUCCUGGCAGUCGGCAUCUGGGCUUGGUCGGAAAAAGACACUUUCAGCAACCUUGGCAAACUGGCCAAUGUCGCCUUGGAUCCCGCAUUUGUGUUAAUCUGCGUCGGUACUUUAACUUUUAUUAUUGGUUUCACGGGGUGCGUCGGCGCUCUUCGUGAAAAUACUUGCCUACUGGCAGCGUACGCUCUCUUCCUAGCCAUCAUCCUAUUGUUGGAGAUGACAGCCGGUAUAAUGGGCUUCAUAUUUAAAGACUGGAUAAAGUUGCAAGCCACUGAUGGUUUUCAAGCAUUUAUCAUUCACUACAGAGAAGACCCAGACCAGCAAAAUCUCAUCGACUGGAUCCAAGAAGAUUGGUUACAGUGCUGCGGAAUAGAAGGACCAAAAGACUGGGAUAAAAACAAUUAUUUUAAUUGUUCUUCGCAAGCCGUCGGAAGCCGAGAAGCAUGCGGCGUGCCAUUUUCCUGCUGUAAACGGAAAGCUAACGAAAUAAUUAAGAAUAAGCAGUGUGGGUAUGAUGUUAGAAGAAACCCAAAUGAACGCUAUUUUGCCGACGGUUGGGCGAACCUCUCUCCAACGCAGAGCGAGGAAAGAAAUAUUUUUGAGCGGGGUUGCAUGAGAGCCGGUGAGGAAUGGGUCGAGGCGAAUCUCAUACCAGUCGCCGGCGUCGCAGUCACGCUUUGCAUAACACAAAGGAUCGGUCAGAACUACGAUGCCUCGAAAAUAAUCUACGAGAAAGGCUGUAUACAAGCGGGUGAAGAGUGGGUCGAAAGGAAUCUACUUGUCAUAGUAACAGCAGCGAUUAUUAUUUCUUUCCUACAGAUAUUGGGCAUCUGCUUUGCUCAGAAUUUGCGUGCUGACAUAUUUGCUCAGAAGGCCAAAUGGCAUUGACAAUCAGCCCUCCACACCACAGCUCUUUAGUGGUGUAGUCCUGGGGCAAGAAAAGGUCCUCGGCGAAUGAGCAAGAACCGACGUCUACCAUCAUCCCGAAACUAAAUCCAUCCUCAAAGAAUUAUACAAAUACUCCAACGAUCCUGCAAAUGAUACGCAGAUGAACAAUUUUGAAAACGACUUUCUUCUAAGUCAGCUUGCGCGAAUGCGGUUUGCCAAGCUUGUUUCUUAUAUUAAUGUGAUUAACAGGUGUACAUAUUACUCACGAUCCAUUGCCAAGAACAUUAUUUAUGUAAGUGUACAGUGUAGGUGUUGCUGUGAAAAUGAUCCUUUUUUUUCUUUUUUUUUUUAAUGAAUCCACUACUAGAAAAACUGACAUCUUAUAAAUAAACUCUCAGCAAAGCCAGGCUCAACAGAGAUCAAGGCUUUAGAAAUAAUCUAAUAAUUGUUUUGUAAAAUUUCUCAUCACUCUUCUCAAGAAGUGACAGAAAAGCCGACUUUUUUUCAAAUAUUUAUUGACUGGAAAACCCCGGCUUGUUAUAUUUUCAUCGGCAUAUUCCAAGUUACCCCACUUUUUCGCCUUGAUCUACUGACAGGUAAAUUUGCCAAACUAGUCCAAAUCAUUGUUUUGCACUGCCUUUUAUGUUUUUAACGUGUUGGAUUUCUGUGAUACAUGUCAUUUUAAUCCCAAAAGAAAAUCUAAUACUUGUGCUUAAUUCUGGCUUUAUAGAAACACCUUUGGGAAGCCAGAUACUACUAAAAAAUUAGCAGCAAUUUACUCCUUUCUAUACAUCAGUAUUUUUAAAGUUAAAAUAGUAAGCUUGGCAAAGUAUUAAGGGCUUUUGUUUCGGUCUAAUUUGUUGGACUUUGCAUUUGCAUAAAAAAGCUCUUAAAAUGAUUUUUAUGAAAAUUGUACUAAUAUAAUAUUUCUACAGCUUUCUCUUUUAGAGUAAACUUGAUUAAUAAUAUUAAAUAUCCCUCGUGGAAAUCAACGGGAACAUUUUAGUUAGUUAUAAACAGUCAAGUAUCCCGGGAUUUAGGUUAAACUUACAGAGUAAUAAUAAUCUCAUAAAGCUGACAGUCCCUAUGUAAUUGUUGAGCUAUUCGUGCAAGUCUUUAAUAUCAAGGAUUUACCUUAAAAUUGGAGAAUUUACAAUCUUUUCUCUUGUUAUUCAACUCAUACUAGGAUAAGCAGUAAAAAAUUGAUGUAAAUUGACUUUUAGGUCAUUUAGUAUAAAUUUGUAAACUCUGCAGAUUUGCAACUGCUUUUUACUAUGUCUCAGGAAACUAAUAAUUUGAUUUAUGAUUUCACUA